AUGAAGGUCCCUAUAUCCGAAAACUCAAACAUGGACAAUAAAUUGAAGUUUUCGGAUCGUUUGAAGGCUUUGCUGAAAACUGAGGCUCAUCAAGAUGUUGAUCCAUAUAUUUUCAGUGAACCAGAGCCAUUUGGUACAGCAACAGGAAGAAAUGUUACAGUAGUGUCAUCCAAAAAUUCUAAAGUAAUGCAAAAUUGUAAAAAUAGUAAGACUAAAGAAAAAUGUAUGAAACAAAGAAUAAGGAUAACAUCCAUACCAGAUACGGAAUUCAAAGCUGUACAAGACCGUGCUGUAGAAUUAGAUGCUGAUUGUAGUGUUGGUGGUGGUGGCAGUGGUGGUGGUGAUGGUGAACAUAUAGAUUAUAAAUUUGCAAAAGCAAUCGAACAAAAACAUCGUCAUAUUGAGAAUUUACAAAGACUAAAAAAUAGAAGGCAAAGUCGGGACCAUACACUGUUGUAUUAUCCUAGAGCUGGAGAUGAAAUAUCAGAUAGUGAUUCUAGUGGAGAUGAAAUGACAAUUUACCAACGUUAUUGGUUUUCUGGAGAAAAUACUUCGACAUUGAAUCGUUCUGCACGUCUUUCUCAAUUACGUUCUCAAUUGAGAAGAAGACUACUUCAGUUACACAAAGGUGGGACAGAUUCAGAAAUUUUGUUACGUGAUAGGGCUAAGUGUUUGUUAGAAGCUGCUUGCAAGGAUCCUGCAUCUACAGCGAAAGCUUUAAGUGGUUCUCCAAGUACAAGUAAAGUGGUAGAGGGACCACUUUUAGUUGGUGGACUUUGUGGAGCUGAUGGAUGCCAACAGACAUCUCUACCUUGUACUCGUCACUGUUCUCGUCAUAUUAUGUUAAAUGGAGAUCAACUUUUAUUUGAACAUUGCACUGCCAAAUUUAGUGAUAACACACAAUGCUGUAUUCCUGUGUUUGAUGUAGCACAUGAAUUACCUCUUUGUCCAGAACAUGCAAGAAAAAGGGAUAAUUAUCAUCGUAAAGCCCAAGAGUCUAAACCAAAGAAAGCUCGUAAGAAACCAACAUCUCCCACAAUUCCCAGGCCUAAACCAAAAUCCAGGCCGAAGAAACGAAAGCGGCCUCCUGCAAAUAAACUUGAGAUUAAAGAUCCUACUCUAGUACACGAAGAAAGUCAAUAUUUGAAUCAAAUAAACUCUAGUGAAAAUCAGACAAAAACUUUGAAUAAUUUGAAUACUGCAGCACAGGGAAGUUCAAAUUCUGCUAACUUAAAUUUAGGAUUAGGACUUGGUCUUGGAGGAGGACUUAAAGAUCUGGGAGAUCAUGAAGUGUUUCCUUCUUUGGAUUCUGCAGAGCAUGAUUUUGGCAAUGUGCUCAACAACUUACCUGCUGAUGCUUUUAAUGACUUAUUUAUUGAAGGCAGAAAUGGAGAAUAUGAACCAUCAAGAGAAGAAGAAGAAGAAUUGGAACGAGCACUAGAGGCAGUAGAUAAGGAUGUACGAAAUUUGGAGAGAAUGGGGCAAACACAUGGACUUUUAGAGCCAGCUUUAUUGGCUCAACUUAUGUCAGACAUUGCUUCGUAGCCCCGCCUAUUUUAAUAAUAUAAUAAUUUGAAAACGAGUUCACGUGUGUUCCUUACGAUAUAGAAAAAAAAUACUGUUUGUGUCUGUGCUGCUAAAUGUAAGAUUGUGUUAUUAACUUUCGUUACAUAACUAUAAAAAUCCAAGAUAAUGGCAGGGAUUGAUAUACAGAAAGUAACAAGAAAUAGUAAUUAUAAUUAAUUUAAUAUAAAUUUCAUUGGGUACACUUAUAUCAUAUAGCUAGAUCCACAAAAGAUUAUAUUUCUUAUAAAUGCUGAAAAUUCCAUCCUUGCUAAAAAGUAAUCGUGAAAAAGUCGUAAUCUCAUCUUGUUUUAUAUAUUUGCAAAUUAUUUUGAAUAUAACUUAAAAGUUCAGUUAUAGUGUUAUAAUUAAUGAUACAGCAAUAAAUACUUUUUACUUAUGAAAGAUAUAAAAGUCAAAACAAAACAAACUAAUUCUUAAAAGUCAAAACAUGAAAACACUCCUAUAAACUAAUUCUUAAUCUUCCAAGGCUUAAAGAUUCAUUUUUAUUUAUUACUUUAGUUAUAACACAAAACUUAAUUUAUCUAAACACAUCUAUUAAUACACUAUUUUCAUCAUUAAUGAAUUUUUCUGUUUUUAAAUAUCCUGAUAGCUGCAAAUAAUAUUCAUAAAUAUUUUGUAAAGAUAUGAUUUUACAUAAUUUCUCUGAUUUGUAUAAAAUUUCUGACAUUUUAAACAGAAUUAAAAUCUUUUAUUAAAAAUCAAUACAUUACUUAGUUCAUUAUACAUUUUGAUGAAAAUGUAGUUAGGUUUUGUUUGAAUCAGACAUUAGAAGUGUUUUAAUAAAUUAUUUUCUAUUAAGAAACUUCAUUUAUAAAAUACAAUUGCAUGAACACAUGACUGAACUUAAAAAAAAACUAGAUAUACAUAUAAAUAGUCAUUCAUUUUUAUCAUCUACCUGCUGUAAUAAUUAUAUGCAAAUAAUCUUACUCACAUACGCAUAAUCAUCACUAUCAUUUUCUUCAUUUUGUAUUAUAAUCAUGUAGACAAAUGUUCAGUAAUAGAUAGCUGUAACAUAUAAUUAAAGAUUCAACUUAAUAAGAAGUGCCGAAAUAGUUUCAUUUUUGAUAUUUUUAGUAAUUGUAAUAUGAUUCAAUUUCUUUUGCAGCCUAUAAAAAAAGAUGACACGCGAUAUAUUAUUUUAUUAUUCAAAAUAAAACUAUAAAAAAUUCAAAUCUAAAAAAAUCUAACGAGGCACAGAUUUUGAGAGUAAAACUAGAUUAUUCUAGUUAAUUAUAAGAAUAACUAAAUCAUUUACUGCCAUUUAAUAUUUAAAUGAUUACAAUAUUGCUAUAGCUAGAAAAUACAUGUAACAUUUUCAAAUGUAUGCAAUAUAUUUCAAAUUUUAUCAUAAUUUUAAUACAUAUCGCAAUUGAAAUUAAAGAAAAAAACUAUGUUGAAUCACUUUGUAGAUUAUAAAUAAAUGUCAUUAGAGUAAAGCAACAAAAAACAAUUUACAUGUAACACCAGAAUUGUACGGGUUUUGUGAGAUCUAGUUUUUAUUGUCAAAGUUUCUGUGCCAAAUAUACUUGUUAAGAUAUUAAUUUUUGUACCUUAUAUAUGCGUGUCAUUAAUCAUAAAUAAUAGGUCGCAAGGAAGUAUAUCUUAAAUAAUAAAUGUUUUAACUAAAUGUAAACAGACAGUAAAUUUGUCACUUGUAAAUGGAAAAAAACAAUAUAAUUUACAAUUUAACCCAUAUUGGGAUUAAAUUAAUGUCAUAUAUAUUGUUAUUAUAUAUAAUGGUAGUAAGUAGGUACAGUAAUUAUUUAUAUAAGGACAAUGCAAAAUUUAAUCAUGAAAGAAAUGCAUUGCUUCAAAUGUACCUAUACAUGUAUCUCCUUGUAAAAUAUCAGCAUUAGUGCGCAUUAUUAGGCAUUACCAAUUAUAAGCAUAUUUUUUACAUUGUCUUAUUGUACUCAGUUUAUCCACCCUUAUCACAUAUCCUACAAGCGUUAUUUUUGAUUAUAUGUGUCUGUAUUUAAUGAUAUUUUAUGUGAUAAACAAAAUUAUCAGUAUUUUCAUUUACAAUUUUUUUUCAAUAUGCG